AUGUCGAUUCGCAACACCUGGAACCGCAUGCUGCGGAGGACAUCCACAGGCUCAACCGCAUCAUCCAGCUCCUCCAACUCAGACUCAUCCAUCACACCCGCCUCAACAGCACCAUCGUCGCCGGGCUGGGGCCCCAGCACGACCUUCUCAUGGCUGGUCCCGAGCAGCAGCAAGAGCAGCAGCGGCUCGCCGACGUCAACACCAGCGGUGGCGACACAGCCUCUGCCGCACAGCAAGAGCGACAAAGAGAAGAAGAAGUCGAAAAAGUCCUACUACUCGUCAACAUCAUCCUCGAGUCACAAGAAGCGGGUGCACCCAUCCGAGAGGCCGCUCACCAAGGAGAACCUUCGGCACCAGGAGAUGUUUGCCAACUUCAGCUUUGGCGAGCCCGGCAGCUGCAACAGGGAAUUUAGCUCGCGACACUCGUUCGAGAGCGGCGUCAGCCCUUGCAGCUCGAGGCGGAACAGCUUUGCCUAUGCUUGA